CCAUUUUCAGAUAGCGAAACCAAAAUCUUGAGCAUUGACUUAGGGUUUGAAUUCCAAUCGAAAUCCGAUCCCCAAAUCCUCUCUCCUUUCUCUCUCUCUUCCAUCAACAAUGGCGAUGCGAAGGUUCAUCAACGAGCUACGAGGCGUUACAGUGAAGGAAGUCCCCGACAAGGUGAAACCAAUGCUCUCAUUCUCUUACCUCAAGGAAUCAUUCGCAAAAGGCAUCGACAGCUACCAUGCUAAACACAUCGAGACGGAUUCAAUCAUGCCUCUUUACCAUGUUUGCUUUGGCGGCAUGGCCUUCUCUUACCUCGUCGCUCUUCCUGAGGAACGCCGUCAUCUCGAGCAUGCUCAAAAGCAUGACCAUUGAUCUUCCUCCAUUUUCUGGACUGUUGAAGUCUGUCUUGGAGGCUGCUGCAGUCUGUCAAGAUUAUCUUUGUUGCUUUGCCAGUUGAAUUUACAAAUGUAUUGUUUCACAGUGCAAACUGAAAAAAUAAUUUUUGAGAACCCAUUUUGAUGGCGAGGAUGAUAUUGUAAACCUCUGGAAAUCAAUUGGAUCAUGUUCUACAUGUUGCAGAUUUUUCUCCAGUUUUAUGAAACUGUAUCGUUUAACCA